UCCGGCCGCGGGCCGGAAUCACUGCCCGCAGCCGCUUCCGCCUGUCUGGGCCGGGCCGGAGGGAUCAUGUCGGGCUCUGCGGCCUCCGGUGCGGCGGGCGCCGGCUCGGUGGGCUCGGUGGUGCGGCGGUUCCUGGCCGAGUACGGCAGCGGCACGCCGAGCCGCCUCAAGGUGCUGGACGCCUACCUCCUGUACGUGCUGCUCACCGGCGCGCUGCAGUUCGGCUACUGCCUCGGCGUCGGCACCUUCCCCUUCAACUCCUUCCUCAGCGGCUUCAUCUCCGCCGUCGGCAGCUUCAUCCUCGGUGUCUGCCUCCGGAUUCAGAUCAACCCCCAGAACAAAGGCGAGUUCCAAGGCAUUUCACCAGAGCGGGCAUUCGCUGAUUUCCUCUUUGCCAACACCAUCCUCCAUCUCGUUGUCAUCAAUUUUGUUGGCUGAGCUCUAGAAGAGACUCUAAGGUCUUGAGCUCUGAUGUCAAAACUUGGCAUUGGGAAGUGCUGUUCCCCAGCAGUCUUACCUACUUCCUUGGAGGAGGAAGGAGACACAGGGCUCAAGGUUCCUCCUUUCCCUCAGACUGCCCUAUGGAGGGGUCUGCUGCCUUGUUACAGUGAUUGUAAUCCUUUCUGUCAAUAAAAACCUAAAGGUUUUUCAUAAAUGA